AUGGACGUCUACGCUCUUACCCGCAAGACCCGCCCUACAAACCCUACGAUGGGUCCCAUGAAAGGUCCUACGACCUCACCAUCUACCGUCAACACCAAGCCAGAGGAGACCCUACCACCGUUGCGGCGUGAAGCAAGUCAGAUAGCUCUACACAACCACCCAGGCAACCCACCAAAGAGUCCGAUGUAUAGGCCAGCAGCACUACGACAAUCCUCCUACCGUCCACCAACCCUCCGCGAUCUCCCAACUAUGGCAAACUACGGCUCCUACACCGCUCCACCCUCACCAACCCCCUCCGACUCCUCCUCCAAAACCAUCGGCCACCGUCCCACCGUCACCCCAAUGCGUGAACACUGGAAACCCGAUUCCGCAGCCCAAGAAUGCGCCGCCUCGACCUGCCACAUCAAAUUCGGCGUAUGGGACCGCCGCCACCACUGUCGACGCUGUGGUGACAUUUUCUGUGCGCAGCACUCGAGGGCGACGGUUCGGUUGGAUGAGAGUGCGAUGUUUCAUGAUGAGGGCGUCAUGAGUCGGGCGUGUCCGAGAUGUGCGAGGGAGUGGGAUUCAUGGAGGAGGUCACAGAAUGUGCCGACGCCGUCGCCGUCCUCUGCGGGGACGACUGGUGGGCCUGCGGACCAGGUGGCUAAAGGAGGGAAGGUUGAGCAGUUGAGGAGGCAUACCCCCACGCGGACGAUGAGCGAGGGACCCAUGACGAUCUCGAGGCAGACGAGUGAGCGUUCAGAGGCAAGCGAAGACCAGGCAAACCAGAUGCCUAUGCCCUCUGUACCUCAGGACUGGGUUUGGAGUACGUUCUAA